GCAAUAAAGUAAAGGACCAUAUUCCAAAAACAGGCAAUAAAGUAAAGGAGGCUAUUCCUAAAAUAGGCAAUAAAGUAAAGGACCCUUUUCCUAAAAUAGGCAAUAAAGUAAAAGACCCUAUUCCUAAAAUAGGCAAUAAAGUAAAAGACCCUAUUCCUAAAAUAGGCAAUAAAGUAAAAGACCCUAUUCCUAAAAUAGGCAAUAAAGUAAAAGACCCUAUUCCUAAAAUUGGCAAUAAAGUAAAAGACCCUAUUCCUAAAAUAGGCAAUAAAGUAAAGGACACUAUUCCUAAAAUAGACAAUAAAGUAAAAGACCCUAUUCCUAAAAUAGGCAAUAAAGUAAAAGACCCUAUUCCUAAAAUUGGCAAUAAAGUAAAAGACCCUAUUCCUAAAAUAGGCAAUAAAGUAAAAGACCCUAUUCCUAAAAUAGGCAAUAAAGUAAAAGACCCUAUUCCUAAAAUAGGCAAUAAAGUAAAAGACCCUAUUCCUAAAAUAGGCAAUAAAGUAAAAGACCCUAUUCCUAAAAUAGGCAAUAAAGUAAAAGACCCUAUUCCUAAAAUAGGCAAUAAAGUAAAAGACCCUAUUCCUAAAAUAGGCAAUAAAGUAAAGGACACUAUUCCUAAAAUAGGCAAUAAAGUAAAAGACCCUAUUCCUAAAAUAGGCAAUAAAGUAAAAGACCCUAUUCCUAAAAUAGGCAAUAAAGUAAAAAAAGACCCUAUUCCUAAAAUAGGCAAUAAAGUAAAAGACCCUAUUCCUAAAAUAGGCAAUAAAGUAAAAGACCCUAUUCCUAAAAUAGGCAAUAAAGUAAAAGACCCUAUUCCUAAAAUAGGCAAUAAA